AUGGCCUUGACCGAGGAGCAACUUCGCGCAGUCUCCUUAGCAGAGAGAGUGGGCGGGACGGCUUCCCUGCUGGGCUGCCUGCUAAUCUUCAUCACGUAUUCCGUAUCGGCUGCCUUUCGCAGGCCAAUCAACAGAUUAAUUUUCUAUGCAUCCUUUGGGAAUACCUUUUCCGCCGUUGCUUCUCUGAUGAGCAUGGAUGGAAUAACAGCGGGUCCAAAUUCUGCCUUAUGUCAAACACAGGCAUUUUUCAUCCAGUAUUGGAUGCCUGCGGAUUCGUUAUGGUCCUUUUGCAUGGCCCUGAAUAUCUAUCUUACCUUUUACCGGAGGUACACGGAAGAAGAUAUAAAGAAGCUGGAAAAGUGGUACUUCGUUCUGUGUUAUGGGCUACCUCUGGUGCUCGCGAUUGUAUUGAUAUCCAUCAAGACUGACGAGCGAGGAAGGAUCUAUGGACCUGCUUUGAUUUGGUGCUCGAUCAGCGGCCCAUGGCAAUUCCUUCGUCCGGUGUGUUUCUAUGGUCCAGUAUGGGCUGUCAGCAUCGCAACAUUUGCGAUAUAUGUCAAAGUGGGUAGCGACAUCUUCCGCAAACACAGAGAUUUCAAAAGUGCAAAAGAUACACUAUCUGCCAGUGAAACAAUCAGAAAGUCUCACUCAAUCACCGUCCAAGUAACCACAGGCGCCGAGGGACGCCUGGCAGCCGAGGGGGAAGCUCCGUAUGCUGUCUGCAUCGAAUCACAACAAUCCAGCUCUCAAAACAGGAUAGAUGCUCAUCACGGAAGUAAUAGGGCUAUGUGGGGCUAUAUAAGAUAUUCUUUCCUCUUCUUUAUAGCCAUGGUAGUUACCUGGAUCCCGUCGUCAAUUAACCGGAUAUACGGUCUCGUCCACCCUAACGAGCCCAAUUUCGGCUUGAACCUGGCUGGCGCGUUGGUUCUUUCUCUACAGGGCUUUUGGAACGCCAUUAUCUAUGUCUCGACCACGAUGCCUGUAUUUCGAAGAGCAUCGAGUUUCUGUAUAAAGUCAAUAAACCCUCCACGCUUAUUUCGUGAAACUCCGGGGGGGACAGCGAGGGACAGGGAUGGUAUCCCGCUCAAUGGAAUGGGCUUUGAUGGGAGGUUGAACGCAGGAAGCACCUCCUCUUUAGCGCUACGUCCGCCAACCGGUUCUUCAGUGGCAGUGCCUUUGAGUGAAUGUAGCUCCCACCAAGCAGAGCUACAACCAUGAGAC